CGCCAUGGAGUGGCGCACAUGCGCAAAAAAGGUGGCUUGCCAACCGCCGUUAACAGUCAAAGAAGACGAUGAAGACGGAAAGAGAGGAAGAAUACAACAAACGAGAUGGCAGAAAGCUAAGACAGCGACAUCUCUUUUGGUCUAAAAAUGGGGCGGUCCAGUACUCGGAGGCGUUAUCAUGAGGAUGGCAUCUCAGAUGAGGAGAUUGAUGGCAAGAGAAUGUUUGAUCUGGAAGAAAAGGUCAACAGCCAAAGAUUCCCUUCUGAUCGGAUCAUUCGCAUGCAAGGAAAAGAUUUUACUUAUGAGUUCAUCCAAAGAGGUGGCAUGAAAGACCCACUCCUCUUUGAGGAAACUGAUGGCCUGGGGAUAAAGAUGCCUGAUCCAGAUUUCAGUGUCACUGAUGUCAAGAUGUUUGUUGGUAGCAGACGUAUGAUUGAUGUCAUGGAUGUUAGCACUCAGAAGGGAACAGAGAUGUCCAUGGCCCAGUGGACACGUUACUAUGAGAGUUGUCCGUCUCAGAGGGAGAAACUCUACAAUGUCAUCAGUCUGGAAUUCAGCCACACAAAGAUGGAAACUUUGGUCAAGAGACCUUCCACGCUAGAUCUUAUCGACUGGGUUGACAACAUGUGGCCUCGUCACUUGAAAGAGAGGCAGCGGGACUCGACCAACUCAAUCAGUGACAUGCAGUAUCCCAAAGUGCAAAAAUACUGUCUGAUGAGUGUGGAUGGAUGCUAUACAGACUUUCACAUCGACUUUGGAGGCACAUCUGUGUGGUAUCAUGUUCUGAGAGGCAGCAAGGUUUUCUGGUUGAUCCCUCCAACUACUGAGAACUUAGAGUUGUAUGAAAACUGGGUGCUGUCUGGAAAACAGGGUGAUAUUUUUCUGGGUGAUCGAGCAUCUGAAUGCCAGCGGAUAGAACUUCUGCAAGGGUGUACCUUCAUCAUACCGUCAGGUUGGAUUCAUGCUGUCUACACACCCGUGGAUUCCAUUGUGUUUGGAGGAAAUUUUCUCAAUAGCUUUAACAUUCCUAUGCAAUUAAACAUCUGCAAUAUUGAGGACCGCACAAGGGUUCCAGUGAAGUUCCGUCACCCAUUCUUUUAUGAAAUGUGCUGGUAUGUGUUGGAGCGAUAUGUCUACAGUCUGACCAAGACGUCUUAUCUUACGCCAGAUUUCCAGAAGUGGUCUCUAGGCAUCGAUCCAGCUUGUGAACGAAUGAAAGAAGAAGAUACAAGUGCACCUGAAGAAGAUGAUUCAGAGCAGCUGUCUGAGAGACCAGUUCUUUUUACUCCGUUGGAACUGGAAGGGUUGUGGACCUUGGUGGGGAAACUUGAGUCACUGCCAUCCAAUAAGAAGUGUGUCCCUGCAGGGAUACACAAUUACCAGGCACUCAUCACACAUAUUAAGGCAAUACUAAAGGAGCACGCUAACGACAAUCCCAAACAAGCUUAUAACGGAAAACCUAUUGUCAGGUGGCCAAAGAGGACGAUAACUUAUCAUCCACCUCCUCCACCACAACCUCAUCUUCGUUCUAAACCCACCAAUGCUCCUGGAAUCCAACGCACACAGAAGCCUGCCUCUUCCAUGUCUGUUCUGAGAAGGCGUAGAGUCAGAUGUAAGCGCUGUGACGCAUGUGUCAGAACUGAAUGUGGAGACUGCAAUUUCUGCAGAGACAUGAAGAAGUUUGGAGGACCUGGAAAGCUCAAGCAAACGUGUGUGCUGCGCCAGUGUCUCUCGCCUGGACUUCCACUGUCAGCAGUUUGUGAAAUAUGCAAGGAGCCCAAUCACGAGGAAACUGGAGAUGGCUUCUAUUCUCUGAUGGAAUGUUCCAACUGUGCACAGAUCGUCCACCCUGCUUGCCUCACGGUUCAGGGUGAAGGAGUUAUCAAUAAAGACCUACCGAGUUGUUGGGAAUGUCCAAAGUGUAUUGAAGGGCUCAAUGACUCUGAGAAACGGAAAUCGUCUACUCUGCUGGAUGCCCGCAUGGCAAAGAUCUUCCGACAACAAAGACACAACCGUGAUGGAGAUUCCAGUGACGACGAGGAUGAAGCCACUCAGAGAAAAAGGAUGCGGCUUCAUCGAGGGGGGCAUUCUUCUUCCAGAAGAGGGUUUGGUAGCAACCGGCGGGGACUCCUCAAAGGAGGGUUGGCCCUGAGAGGAAGCCGGGAAAGUCCUUCCCUCAUGAAGAUGAAGGCUGGAAGUGGCAUGAAUGGCAGGCGGAGGAGAGGGGUGAGGUUGAGGGGGGGCUCUAGGAUCCAGCAAAGAGGACAUUCAACUGAGGAGUCCGAUUAUGACGAUGAAGAGGAGGAAGAUGACGGUAGUGAAAAUGGAGACCAAGAUCAGCCUCCUUAUCAGCCUAGUAGGAGGUUCAAGACUGAAGAUGAGGAAGAUGAGGACAGUGAGAGACAGGAGUUUGACCUUGACGAAGAGGAAAUGGACAAUUUUGAAGAUGAAGAUGGGCAGGAAGAGUUCUGGGAUUCUGACCCAGAACCUCCAGUGCUGCUGGUGUCUGAUCUGAAUGAUGACAUCCUGUGCGGAUCCUACCUGACUGUGACUCUGCAAAGUCCCAACAAGACUUCCAGACCUGGUUCUAUAGUUCCCAAACUGGAAGCCGCGAUGGGUUUUAAGACACUAAAUGCAGGUGGGCAUCCGGGCUUGAACAAAAAGUCCACUUUGUCCAAACCUUCACGCUUCAAGAGCAGUGACAACAAACGUGAUGGACAAAGUCAACAAGGACCAGGAAGGUCAGGUCUCCGCAGUAACUACGUCACUCGGGGCACCGCUGUGUCCUCCGAGGAAGAGGACCUGCCCGUCUCUCCCACACUUCCAUCCCUGCCGUUCACUUCCUUUAAGGACGUGGGUGACAGUGGAGGCGAGAAGGACGUGUGGGUGUCUGUGUUUAAGUACCUGAACAGAGCCGAGUUGCUGAAGUGCAUGACUGUGUGCAAAGCCUGGUACAAGUGGACGUUUGAUAAGCAUCUUUGGAGUCGUAUGGAUUUGAGUCGCUGCAGCCCUCUGAGUAACAAAGCAUUGGCAGGCAUCAUAAAACACCGGCCCACCAUCUUGGACCUCUCAUGGACCCCUUUGGCCAAAAGACAGCUCACUUGUCUUCUCAGCAGACUUCCAGGUCUUCGUGAAUUAAGGCUUGCUGGAUUGUCGUGGUCGUGCCUGUCAGCUCUAGCCUCCCCCACCACGCCCCACCUUCGACUGCUAGACCUGCGCUGGUGUGAAGGAAUUAAAGAUGCUCAAAUCAAAGAGCUCCUCAGCCAACAUGAGUCUGCUCGCUGCAGACUGAAGAACAUGCUGACAUUGCACCUUUCCGGUCUGGAGAUCAGCGAGUCCACCGUGAAGCUGCUACAGCGUCAUAUGCCACACCUGGAGAAGCUCGACCUGGCUCACUGCAAGGACAUAACAGAUUCCUCUGUAGCACUGCUGGCUGCGGGGGGCACUCAAACACGCAACAACCUUAGUGAACUCACUCUAUCAGGUUGCUGUCAGCUGACAGAUGGAUGUAUGUCGUACCUGAAGAAACUGUCCUCUUUGACUCUUCUGGACUUGAGAGGCUGCACAAGCAUCAGCAUGCAAGCCUGCAACGCCUUUAUCUCUGACCUGUCGCACGCCGCCGUUUACUGCAUGAUGGAGGAUAGGCUCAUCCAGUGUCUCGUCUAACACAUCCCAACAUGCGUCCCAGAACUACUGCAAGGUUUGUAGGUCAACAUGCACUCCAAGGAACUGAAGUAGAAGACAAAUAUUGUACCUAGUAAUGAUAAUCUAACCUAUGAAAGACUGAGAUGCUUUUAAAGCAUCAUGGGAAAAGACUGGAACGUCCUUGUCUGUGGACAACACAGACUCGGUCGUAGUGAAAAAAGUUGGGACACUGUUAUCUGGAUGCCAUUUUUACAAAAUGUAAUUAAAGUGGGAAUCAUUGUGUGCUAAA